CGUGCGCAGGAGAUCCGGAGGGAGAGACUCGAGCGGUAGACGAUGACAGAGCAGUAACGACUAACGAACUGAGCACAUCCACAUCUUUUCCGGAGCCGCGUAAUAACUAGAUGCAAUACAACAUAUUUGUGCGAGUGUGAACUACACCAAGCGGCGCAACGUAUAUUUGUCUGGUUACAGAAGGAAAAAUCAAGGACGUGAAGAUACUUGGAGCGUAAGAAAAGAUUCUCGAGAUAGGACGCUUUCCGAAGCUGAGGGAGCAGGACGAUUGUUGGAUUCCGAAAGUUGAGUUUGAGUUUCUGGAUCUUCGGUUGAAGUCAUGUCCAUGCUCGAUGCUUUCUUCAAUAAAGGUUUUAAAGGAGCGAAAUGUAAAACCCUUCUGAAGCUGACAAUUCCGCGCAUAAAGUUGUUGCGAAACAGAAGAGAAGCUCAAAUAAAGCAAAUGCGGAAGGAAAUUAGCAAACUACUGGAGACUGGACAAGAAGCAACAGCUCGCAUACGUGUGGAGCACAUUAUUCGUGAUGAGAAAAUGAUAGCUGCACAGGAGAUUAUUGAACUAUACUGUGAACUUAUUGCUGUUCGUCUUCCAAUUAUUGAGGCACAGAGGGAAUGUCCUCUUGACUUGAAGGGAGCAAUUUCCAGUGUGUGUUUUGCAGCACCUAGAUGUGCUGACUUACCAGAACUACAACAGGUUCAGAUGUUAUUUGCUAACAAAUAUGGAAAGGAGUUUGUGUCAGCUGCAACUGAGCUCAUGCCAGACUGUGGUGUUGAUCGCAAGUUAAUUGAACUACUAUCUGUUCGUGCUCCUCUUGCUGAAGCAAAAUUGAAGUUGCUGAAAGAAAUAGCAGAAGAGCAUGAGUUGGAUUGGGAUCCAGCUGCCUCUGAAACUGAAUUCUUCAAACCACACGAAGAUCUUCUGAAUGGCCCAACCCAGCUUCUGAGUGGAUCUAAAUUGCCUAUGCCUAAGGAGAAACAUGACAAUCCACUGUAUUCAGCACCUGCUCAAGCACCUGACCAACAAUCUGACUCUGAUACAAGCUUUGCUACAUUGGAUCUUCCUGAAGUCCCUAAAUUACCAUUGGAACCAAGUAUUGACACUGUAGCACCAAACAUGGGUCUUCCUGUGAAUGCUCAUGAAUUUAGAAAGAAUUCUGAGGGUGAUCUUGACAUAAAAGAAUAUUCAGUGGGUGAUCAUGGACCAAUAACAUGCAGUUCUAAUGAAAAUCAUGGCCCACAUGUGGAACCUGAGGAAGUUGCGGUAGAACCAUCAGUUGCUCCCCCAGUCAAUGUCUCUGCUGGUACAGGUGAAGACAAACAAUUCUUAUCAUUCAUUGCUCCCCCUUCAUUGUCCUCUGCUUCAUUUUUGUCAAGAAAAAGCAAGCCAGCUCCAUCCAUUUUGGGGACAAAAAGUGAAGCCAAUGUUGACCUGCAGGAUGUCUUGGCUGCUGCUGAGGCUGCUGCAGAAUCUGCAGAACAUGCAGCAGUGGCAGCUCGCUCAGCAGCAAGCCUUGCACAGAUUAGGAUCACUGAAUUCAUCAAGAAAAUUAAUGAAGCCUAUGAGGGCAAUGAUUUCACAAGUGAAGAUGAAAUCAACAUAACGAGUCAUUAUCAAUCGGAUAGAAUGGAGAUAUCAAAGCUGGAUCAUCAGCAGUCUUUUGGUGAUACUGAUGGCAUUUCAUAUUCCUUGGACCUACUUCGAGAAAAUGGAUCCAAUCAAAGUUCAGAAAUUCAAAAUUCCCCAACUUAUGAUGCACCUAGAGAGGAAUUGGAUGUACCUACUUCUGGUGACCGAGUUAUUGAACACAAAUCUAUCCAGCACCAACCUCAGCCAUUGCCAUCAAUGGAUGAUGACCCAUAUUUCUCAUACCCAAACUUGUUUACUCCUCGUGAGCCAGACCUUGGAUCUAAUAAUCUUUCUAUGACAAGCAAUUCAAUAAUAACUCCUGAAUUUUGAGUACAAAAGGCAAAAGAAAUGAAUUUGGAUAGGCUGACAUUGAAGGUGACUCACAGCUGGUUGAAGGAUGAGGAAAAUGCAGCUUGGGCUCAUAUAGAAAUGCUAAAAAAGAUUAAAUGGCUAACAAGAGAUAUGUUGAUAAGAAUUCAAUGGAUUCCUAGAGCAGCAAAUGGUGUGGCUGAUACUUUGGCUAAGCAAGGGGUAAAUAGGGUUCAGCCUUUUUGGUGCUUAGUUGUAAUUUUUGUAAGUUUGUGUAAUGAGGAGAGGUAGGAAUCUGUACUCUCCAAGAGUGGUUUCAUUUUACAUAUAUUUGUUCAUUUUUAAUAAAAUAUAUUACUUAUAAAAAACUAAUUAACUUUGAGUACACUUAUUUAUGAAUUAA